UCUAUUUUAUCUGAGUAAUGAGGAUAAACUUCGGGUUAACGCGACAAUGCAAGAUAAGCGUGAUGCGCUCUCUUGAUCUUAAUAGAUUCCAUCGUUUCAUUGUUUCAUUCCAUGCCGCACACAAUCGCCCAUCUUCUUCUGCACUUCUUUCGUGCGGUGUUCUCUUCCUCGUUGCCUGAAAUUGCUUCAAACUCGGCGUGUCGCGCGCUUACGAACCACCUAAUUCACUCACCACACUCAUCGUCCACGAACUUCAUUGGACGUUUCUCAUAUUCGCUCAUUCGACGUGGUUUGCGCCGCUGAAAGCGCACCAAGAGACUUCAAAUAACUUUCAACGUUUGCUUCGCGCACAUCUAAUCCGACCGAAAACAAAAACUGCCUUCAGUGUGUGGCACAAUUUAAUCACUUUAAAGAAGCCGAAUUUAUUAAUAUUAAUAAGUGCGUCCUAUUUGAAGUUUUGAUAAAAAUAGUUUCAAUUGCGCGCUCGCUCAUCAUAGUGAUUAUCGAAUUAAAGCGGUUUUUAUCAGCGUCUCCGCUUUUGUGCUUUUGUAUGCAAUUAUUUCAAUUAUUGCGAGCACGACAACGUCCGAGUGAUUAAUCAACGAGCGCCGAACGGCGCGCGCUUUAAUUGAAGACGUUUCGGGAUUCAGGCUCUUGAAGCAAGUGAAAACAGAAGAACAAUCGACAAACUACAAAACAACCAGUUUAAAUAACUUCAAUUAUAGUUUUCAAGUUUACCAGUGAGCAAAAUGGAAAAACUCAUUUUCACGACGUUAUUCUUCGGUUUAUUCAUUUCAUCGACGUCUUCAGUAAAAAUCCGUACCUUUUACGUACCGGGUAAAGCAGGAAAUGAAGCACCUCUCCUAUGUACCUACGACCUCGAGUCAGACACCCUCUAUGAUGUCAAGUGGUACAAAGAUGGCGAGCAGUUCUUCCGGUGCGAGCCAAAUGGAGUGACAACGGCGUUCGAUGUCGAUGGCGUCAAAGUGCAACACAUCAAAUUUGCACCGCUCGGUUCCUGUUCGUUAACGUUGAUGCUGCUAACGCAGAAAACCGCCGGUGAAUAUAAAUGUGAAGUAAAUACGGAGGGUCCGAAGUUCGACACAGCCAGCGAAACGAAAAAACUGAUGAUUAUUGAACCUUCGCGCAAACGCACACAUGGUACGCACAACACUAGCGCCACCGCAACUAUCACUAAUAACUCAGUAGUGCAAUAUCACCAAACUCGUGAGAAUGAAAUCUCGUACGACGCGGCAUCGCAUUUACGUUUUGAUGUUUUACUUUACGCGUUUUGUUUGUUUGCACUUUAUACACAUUAAAAUACACUAAAUUUAAACAUGUCAAAAUUGAAAAAAAAAGCAUAUUUAAGUUAACUGUAAAUAUCUCUCGAUACUAACCGUAAGUCUAAAAAUUAUUUAAUGAGUACGUUGUUUUAUACAAAAUUUACAGCAGUAAAUGAUAAUAGAAUCGAAUAUAAUUAGACUACUUA